GUCUUUUGCAUGUUGAUAAUUCUCCUCGAAGACUUCUUUUUGCUUGAUCUCAUACUACCAGAUAAUGGAGACCACAAAGGAAACCAUCGUUUACGACCCUGGCUGUUUUCCAAGCUCUUAAACUCCUACUAUGAGUUGGUUAUAUUACAGCAGCUAAUUCACCUUCUCUAGUAUCGAUGAUGGUUACUAGAAGCUUUGAAUCAAGAUGAAACAGAGGCUUAUAGUUACAACAAGGCUUCAAUACCCAGCUCUGUUAUCUCAUGAGCUUUAAUUAAUGCCGUUGACUUUGGAGCUUCAUACUCGGCAUCGCGUAAUUGCCGCUCAUGUCAGCAUCUCUCGAUUGUAUGGAGCUCUGGCCAAGUGAUGUUUGAAUAUAGCAACGCAGUGAGUGUCAUGAGAUAGAGAUAGCCCUUGGAGUCGUGACCAGAAUGCUUGACCAAUAUCAAGGACAUGAACCAGUUGCCGGAAAUAUUACCGGAGGCUCCGAAGCCAAUCUCCGUCACAAAUCGCCGCCCCGGAGCGUAAAGUGGGGGAGAACCCCAAGGAAACCACGGGAGCUACGGGUUCUUACCUUGGCUAUUGGUUCUCCAACAUCACAUCGAACAAACACCUUCAAUCAAUAUACCAUCUCGGCUCAACUGGUCACUCCAGACACAUCAUCGCCAACCAGAGACAUUGCAAAGAUGGAUCACGUCGAGCAACACAUGGCUCAACAAGCCAACCAAGAAAACGCUUCCCUCUUCACACCCCUCAACCUCAUCCUCCUCAGCGCCGUCCUAUACACAACCUACUCCAUGCUCCGCUCCUCGCCGCCCCCAUCUCUCCCCCGCGACACGCCCUCAACAGUCUUCAAGACAUACACCCCCCACACUCUUCUCCCCUUCAAUGGCGAGGAGGAUCGACCUGUCUUUCUCGCUGUGCGCGGCCGCGUUUUCGACGUUUCGCCUGGCCGUAACUUCUACGGCCCUGGUGGUCCUUAUAGCAACUUUGCCGGUCGGGACGCAAGUCGCGGUCUUGCGUGUGGAAGCUUUGAUGAGGACAUGUUAACAAAGGACUUGGAUGGUCCGCUUGAUAAGCUGGAGGGACUCGAUGCGGAGCAGAUGGAGGCGCUCCAGGGCUGGGAGGAGAGAUUCUUGGAGAAGUACAACGUUGUUGGAAAGCUGGUUUCUGUGCAGGACUAUGAGUCCCAGAAGGCUUAAGAGGUCAACGACCAGAGAUUCUUGAGCGACACGAUCACGAAGCAUAUAUUAGAGCAAAAUCAACAUGAUGCAAUAUAUCAGGGUACAUGAGCGACUCGCAUUCCUUCAUUACUAUAUAACAAAGAAAAAACAUCCCAUCUACCCAGUCAGGGCGAUCAGACACAUACCCCAUCACUCUAUCCCGACGAGUUGCCUUAACAAGUCCUGCCCUACCCAAGAAAGUAAUAAAAGAAAAAGCGUAGAAAAGCAGGGUUCUACGUAAACCAAACUCCGUGCAAUGCCUCCUGUACAUUUUUGCGUGAAAGCUACGCAGUGUGUCCUGGGGUCAGAAACCAAAAACACUAUGUAUAUCCUGUAAAAGAAAAAAACAAACAAACAAUGGCGGGCUUGCCUGGACUGAUAUCGAUAUAGAAAGGGAAACAAAGAGAGGGCUUUUCUUUUCGCUGCUCAAAUC